AUGUAUCUGAAGCCCAAAGGAAACAAGUGGAAGAGUACAAAGAAACUGCAUCAAGAAAGAGUGAUCUUGAGAGGACCGAACUCCAAAAAGAAAAAAACUGGGGUAUUUACUGGCUGCCAUGCAAGAAAUGCUGCUAAUGGGAAGGAUAUUCCAAUUUGGGUUGCUGAUUAUGUUUUGGUAAGCUAUGGGACAGGAGCAAUAAUGGCUGUACCUGCACAUGACACACUUGACCAUGAGUUCGCUUUGAAGUAUUGCAUUCCGAUUUGUGGAGUUGGGACACCAGAUAAUGGAAAUCUCAGCUAUUUCGAGAAAGCUUAUACUGGUGUAGGAAUAAUGAUAAAUUCAUCAAGUUCAAUAUCAGGGCUUGACAUUAAUGGCCUCUCUUGCAAAGAAGAUAUCCUCGCUAGACUUAAACGGAUGCAGGGUUUCAAUGUGCUACAUCCAAUGGGAUGGGAUGCAUUUGGUUUACCUGCAGAGCAAUAUGCAAUUGAGACAGAAAAGCAUUCAAAGAUCACAACAAUGAGGAACAUUAAUUGGUUCUGCUCCCAGGUGAAAACAAUUGAUCCAGUAUCUGGGAAACCUGCCAGACGUGAGACAAACACAAUGCCACAAUGGGCUGGUUCUUGCUGGUACUGUAAUUUUUAUAAGGUUGAAGUAAUAUGUAGUAGGCGAAGGGAGGGGUUGGGCGGGAUUCUGGUGAAGCUUAUAGGGACUUCAUAG